CGUCGUUUUUCCAAGGAAGACACCGAGACGAGAACGUUUGCCGUGUUUUUCACUCAAAAUCGAUAUAGCGGUCCCAAGCCGCUAUGUAGACGGUCUAGUAAUAGAAAGCGUGCUAAGCAACCUAUUGGUGUGUCAACUCUGCGAAGAUGGCAGAGAAAGUUGCAUCACAUGAUGAGACGGCAGCAGCGAGCAAAGCGGCUGGUUACAACGGUAGAGUAUAUUCAUUGUCUACUCUGCAGCUAAUGUCUACAGUUGGUACUGGAACGUUCGGUAGAGUGGUGUUGGUUAAGGAUAAGGGGUCGUCCGACUAUAUGGCGUUGAAGGUGAUGAAUAUCGGCGAGGUGGUUCGGCUAAAGCAAGUGCAGCACGUGCAGAAUGAGAAGUCGAUUCUCAUGUCGAUCGACCAUCCAUUCAUUGUUGGAAUGUAUUGGUCACAUCACGAUGAGGCCUUUUUGUACAUGCUAUUGGAGUACGUCCCUGGAGGAGAGCUAUUUACGUAUCUGAGAACAGCUCAGAGAUUCAACACAGCAACUAGUCGAUUUUAUGCUGCAGAGAUAGUUUCAGCAUUAGAGUAUCUUCAUGCUAGAAGCAUCGUAUAUAGAGAUCUCAAGCCUGAGAAUUUGCUAUUAGACAAAGAUGGACACAUGAAGAUCACAGACUUUGGUUUUGCUAAGAAAUUGUCUGACAGGACGUGGACUUUGUGUGGUACUCCAGAGUAUCUUGCACCUGAAAUUAUACAAAGUAAAGGGCACGGGAAAGGGGUGGAUUGGUGGGCACUCGGAAUUCUCAUUUACGAAAUGCUGGCAGGAUAUCCUCCAUUCUUUGAUGAUAAUCCAUUUGGAAUAUAUGAGAAGAUUCUCGCUGGGAACAUCGACUGGCCACGGCAUAUGGAACCAGUUGCGAAAGACCUCAUCAAGAGAUUGUUAGUUCAUGAUCGAACAAAGCGGUUAGGCAACAUGAAGAAUGGAGCAGAAGACGUUCGAAAGCAUAAGUUCUUCCGUGAAAUUGAGAAUUGGGAUGUGGUACCUCAACGCAAACUAAAAGCACCGAUAGUCCCUCGUGUUGAACAUGCUGGAGAUACAAGGAAUUUCGAUCAAUAUCAGGAGGAUGAAUGGUACAAAGCCCCGCCUGUUGCUCUCAAAUUACAGCAAAUGUUCAAGGACUUUUAGCGCAACUAGUUUUACAUUCAUAGAUGAACAUAUAGAACAAAGGGUUUAUGAUUGGGUGUGAUAAGGACUUGUGUUACAAUUGCUUGCUGAGAGCCACUGUACACUGUAGGUAGAGUGUCCUGCCGUGGACUGGAUCUACAUCGGCCUUCUCAGCGUAUGGUGUCUAAAGUCGCUGUAUAUCAACGUUGUGUUGCAAUAGAAAUUGCA